UAUCAAAUGAGAGAGGGUGGAAAUCCAGAGAAGAUGUAAAAUUAGAGAACUCGAAUGAUUGGUAAUUAUGUGAUAGGUGAUGAUUUAUUGAUUGAGCAGAAUAGGGAAAACACUUGGGUUUGGGACGUUUGGGAAAGUGAAGAUGGUUACACAUGAAUAAUCAGGUGAGAAAGUGGCAAUAAAAAUAUUGGAGAAAGAUAGAAUAGUAGAGACGGCAGAUGUAGAGAGAGUUUAGAGAGAGAUUCACAUAUUGAAAUUAGUUAGACAUCCUCACAUAAUAUAGUUAUAUGAAGUAUAGAAAUAGAUAAAUGAUAAAAUAGAUAAUAGAGACACCAAAACAUAUUUUUUUAGUGAUGGAAAUGGUAAGUGGAGGGGAACUAUUUGAUUACAUAGUAAAGAAUACAAAGUAAAGAAAUAAAUAAAAUUAGAUUGGAAGAGGUGGAAGCUUGUAAGUUAUUUUAAGAACUGAUAUCAGGGAUAGAAUAUUUACAUAAGAUUAGAGUAGUACAUAGAGAUUUGAAACCAGAAAACUUAUUACUUGAUAAAAGUAAGAAUCUGAAAAUAGUUGAUUUUGGUUUAUCAAAUACAUAUAAGAAUGAAGAAUUAUUAAAGACUGCAUGUGGAAGUCCUUGUUAUGCUGCUCCUGAAGUAUUCAAAUAUGAUAUAAGAAUAGAUGAUAGCUGGAUAGAAGUAUUAAGGUUUAAGAGUGGAUUUAUGGAGUUCAGGAGUUAUUUUAUUUGCAUGUUUAUGUGGUUAUUUACCUUUUGAAGAUUAAAAUACAUCUGCUUUAUAUAAGAAAAUAUUGAGUGGUACAUAUUAAUUGCCAUCUCAUUUAUCAUAAGAUGCAUAGUCAAUGAUUGCUGGAAUUUUGACUGUUGAUCCUGAAAAGAGAUUUACUAUUGAAAAUAUACACAAUCAUCCAUGGUUUUAGAUAUAUAGAAGAUCUUAUGAAAUUCCACCAGGAAUAGUCGUAGGAUAUAAUAGAAUACCUAUUGAUUAAGACAUCCUUAAUUUAUUGAAAUCUUUUGGAAUUGAUAUUGAUUAUGCUUUAAAAUGUUUAGAUGCAAAUAAACAUAAUGAGGUUACAACAUUUUAUCAUUUAUUAUUAAAGAGACAUCUAGUAAAUGGAGGUAGAUCUACUGCAGAUCUAAACUCUGAAUCUUUUGAUAUUAAAUUACUUGAACCUAAAUAAAGACCAAAUAAAGGUAUAUCUUUAUAUUUAUACAGUUCCUAUCACUUCAUUAGUCAAUAAUGAAAUUAUCAAAUAAUAGAUGAAAGAAGAAAUCAUCAAAUAAAGAUCUUAUUCUACUGAUAAAGAUAGAGGCAGGAUAAUUAAAACUACUGAUCAUAAUAAAUAAAUUUUAGCUGAUAAUGAUUAAAGUGUUAAUCGUAUUGCACAUAAUGGAUAAGCAUCAAGUGUUUAAGUUAAAUUAAAAGAAGAAAAUUAUUUUGAUCAAUCUCCUUAACUUAAAAAGAAUAAUAAAUUACCACAUUCUACUCUCAUCCAUAAUAUUUAUGGUGCAAAUAAAAAUAAAACUACUAAUAUUGCUUCUACUGAACAUAGAUAUAGAGAAGAAACUAAGAAAUCUUCCUCAAGGAAUAAAAAAGACUUAGAUAUUACUAAUCUACAUCGAAAUACUAAUCGUGAAUUUUAAUAAAUUAAUAGAAACCUCUAAAAUGGAGGUAGAUCUCAGAAUCAUAAGAAGGACAGAAUAUAUGUUAUUAAUUAAAACAAUCAUUCUUUUGAUCUUCCUCCAAAUUCCAAUCCAUCUGUUAAAUAAAAAGUUUAUCAUUAUUAAAAGUUUGGAUAUCAUUAAUGA